GCACCCGAACCGACCGGCAGAAUCGACACGGAACUCAAUCGAACCGGCGAAAAGCUUCGGGACGCUGCGGCGCGUUGCGUGUGGGACUGACGAUACCUCCCUUCUCUGGCGGCGUCUCCAAGCAACCUUCUUCUUCGGACCAAACCCUCAGAGCAGAUUCAAGAUAUUGCUCAGAACAAAGAACUUGUCUGAUUAAGGGGAUGAGUGCUGUUCAGUCUAUUUUGUAUCCAGCUGGAGGGAUCAUCCUGAUCCAGCCAAAUAUUAAAAAUGUUGGAAACUCAGCUUCGGGAUAUUCAUAUUUGAAAACUUCACAUCUGCAUGCUUCUGCUUCAUGCAAAUUUCUGCAACAUAAGUUGCACCCAAGAUUAAUAUAUAAUACCUCGAAGAACAAAAGAAGUGCUUCAGUACUUGUUUUUGGAAAAAAAGGAGACUCUAUGAGUGACAACGAGGAAUUACUAAAGAAAACUCCGGGGAAGUUUAGAAGAGAGUUAACAGUGCAGGACUUGUUGAGGGAGUAUACCAAGAAAAAACAGUUCAGUGGAAAUGGUGGUGGUGGAAAUUCUUUUAGGGGCAGUGGUGAUGGUUCAGGUGGGCCGGAGGGCGAAGGAUUUUCAGCACAAUACAAGGAACUCCUUCAAGUGAUUUUGGCAACUAUUGGUGUUAUAUUUCUGUAUGUACUCAUAACUAAAGGUGAAGAACUGACUCUUCUAUGUAGAGACUACAUCAACUAUCUCUUUGGGACUAAAGCCAGUGCCAGAUUGAUCCGGACCAUGGAGAAAUGGCGCCAGUAAACAGAAGCAGCAUCCGGAAGGGAUCAUGAACAAAGAUUGGUCAUUGUCCAAUCUGAGAACACCUCUAGAGAGAGUUCUGAGCAAUGUCUUUUCCAGGGUUAAGCUGACUGAUCUGAUUCGACUUAAACAUUAUUGUUGUCAAAAUUGAAUGAUCUUUU